AUGUUGCUGAUGUUGGAAGAUCCAAUGAUAACUGUUGGUUUGGUGAGUGUGGGAAUAGACCAUUUGGAUUUAUCCUUCUCAUUAUUAAGACGUCGUGAUUUACAGGCAGGAGAUGAGGGUGAGGUGGUUAAACUUAAUCGGCGGCGAGUAUUGGGAAGCAUGAGAGAAGAAGAACUGUCAGAAGAAAUCCAGAAAUUAAAAGAUAAAAUAGCUAUAAGACAUACUAAUAGUUCAGAACAUAACAGCCAACUUGAACUGAUGAGGCAAGAGAUCGAUAUCCUCACUGAUAGAAAACAAGAUCUGGAAAGACGAGUUCAUGGUUUAACUCAAGAUAAACUCUCCAAUACCUGUUCCUUAGAAGAAACACAAGAACGUAUUUUAAUGUUAGAAAGACAAUCUAUAGAAAAAGAUGUUUUGAUAAACAAACAGACUCGGGAGUUGACAGAACUCCAAGAAACAAAUCUCCAUCUUCAGGCCACAAUAGAUCACGUGACAAGAGACAAGGCGAAUGAAACUAAUAAAAGUGACACAUCUCAAACUCUGUUCAGUGAAUUAUCUCAGUUAUCAAGUAGAGAAAAAGUCAGAACACCGUCCACAUCAAAUGGUUCAGAUCAGUUAUCUCUCAAUGAUAGUUGGCACAGAUCAAUGUCAGCUGAGAUGUUAGAUGAUAUGGAUGAUUUUGAAUGUGAUGAUGAUAUAGAAUUACCAGGACUACUAGCUCAUUCUACCAUGUCACCAGAUCUAGACUUCUUACCUGAAUUUCCGCGUCCAAAUGCUCCAGGUCCUGAUAUGGAAGAUGAUAUCAUGAGAAAGGUUGUGAUAGAUGUAUAUAGACAGUUGAAAAGGAUGAUUGCUGAAAUUCGAGGUGAAGAUGUUUCUGGUUCGUCAUCAAAAUCUUCUGAUGACGAGAGUUCAUCAAGGGGAGAUAAGGCUGCUCAACUAGUUGGAUUGUUGGGGGAAUUGAAAGACUUGAUGGACGACAUGCAGAUGUUCCCUCAUAGAAGAAACGAUAUGAUGGGACUUGAUUCCAGAGCUGUGGCUGGUAUGGAAGAACAUAUUGGUGAAUUACAACGUGAACUAGAUAUGACACAUCGUCAUCUGGAACAAAACCAACUCGACCUUCAGUUACGAGAUGAACAACUGGAACAGAAGAACAGAGAAUUCUCCAAUAUGGCGCAUAAAUUACAGGCUCAACAUAAUCAGCUAUCGUUAAUUCGAGCUGAACGAGAUAAACUACAGAAUAAUCUCGUAGAAAACUUGACAACAGAUGAUGUUGUACAACAGACUAGGCGAGAAAGAGACGAAACUUCUCAAAGGAAUAUUGAACUAGAAACUGAAUUAGCUCAAUGUAAAUUAGAAAUGAUGAAUUUAAACAACCAAUUAUUAGGAGCUAUUAGACAGAAAGUUCUUUUAUCACAAGAACUCGACCAAUGGCAGGCCGAUAUGGAAGAAUUAUUGGAUGUUCAACUUCAUAAAAGAAUUCAAGAAGAAUCAGACAAAGAAGAAGUAGAAGUAAAAUUAGAACAAAUGUCAAAAUCUAAAACUCCGGGCAAUUUUUUUACUAGAAAUAUCAAAAAACAGGGUAAUUCGUAG